UUUUAAAUAAUAAAAUAAGAUGCUAAAUAUUACUGCACCUUCUACAGAAUUCAAUUUCAACCGUUGGAUACUAUAGCUGCUUCUGGAGACAACAUACCAUUACUGGAGUCAAAUAUUCAAACCUGGUAGUGUGUGUGUGUGUGUGUGUGUACAGUGUGCGUGCGUGCGUGCAUGUGUGUGUCAGUGUGUGUGUGUAUGGAGUGUGCGCCCGUGUGUGGGUGUCAGUGUGUGUGUGCAUGUGGGUGUGUGCGUGCGUGUGCUUGUGUGUGUGCCCCUGUCUCAACAGGUAAGAGUUGUACUUCAGUCUUGAACAAAGAAGACUACGCGGUGAUCUGAUUCAAGCAUUCAAAAUCCUAAAAGUUGCUGAAGCUUCUUACUGAUUUUCAACCUAAUCGGUCAAUCAGCGAGGCUCAAGAGUCCAGGAAACAUCAAAAGAGAGAUGAUGAACAACAGCAGCUCCGAUUCCUGUGACAACAUUGACUUCAGCUCUGACCAGACCUUUCUCUCUGUGCUCUACGGCUUAGUCUUCUGCAUUGGACUGCCCGCCAACUGCCUGGCCCUCUACAGGCUGUACCACCUUGUCAAGACUGACAACGCCCUUCCUGUCUACGUCAUCAACCUGCUCUUAUCAGACCUGCUGCAGAUCAGCACGUUGCCUCUCUGGAUUGACUACUACAGCCACGGGCACAUGUGGCGCUUCGGGGGGACCUCUUGCCAGGUGGUCGGCAGCAUAUUCUACAUCAGCUUGUAUGUCAGCAUCUUCUUCAUGUGCUGUAUCGCCCUGGAGAGAUACCUGGCCAUCGUCCAUCCGCUGGUCUUCCAAAGCAUCCGGGGUUUGCGUUUUGCCUGCUUGCUUUCAGUAGGCUUGUGGGUGCUAGUUACUGUACCACCCUGUGUGGCUUUCGCAGUUCUGUUCAAAAAAGAAAAUAGCGGCAACUUCUGCAUAGAAAAAUACCCCUCCGAUCAUAAUUUUAUCACCUACCGGUUGAUCACCUUGGUUUUAUCCUUUUUCCUGCCGCUCACGUUCCUGGUUUUCAUGCACGCCAGGACUCAGAGGACCCUUUCUGACGUUCUUUUGCUGCCAGAGGAAGAGAAGAAACGCAUCAAAGGCUUGCUGACGCUGGUCUUGCUCAUCUUCAUGGUGGUGUUUGGCCCAUAUCACCUGAUAGGCUGCAUCAAGUACAUCGGGCUGAUUGGACACACGAACAUGUGCAUAUUCGAGGCCAAGAUUUUUAUCUAUUACCAGUUGGGAAGGGGUAUGCUCAGCCUGAACAGCCUGUUGGAUCCCAUCAUGUAUAUAUUCCUCAGGAAAGACGUCCGGAAGCACAUGCUGCACUCUUUUCCUUUUCUUCAGAGGGUGGCUAGAUUGAUGGACUGUCACACAAGCAGGGCUUCUAGACAGACAGAGUCGAGUGUUGCAUCCUACUGUGUGAGUCAGGUUUAGACGUGCUGGCAAUGUUGAGACCAGAGUGUUGUGACUGCAUUAGUGAUGCAGCAGAAUUGGAGACAUGCAGGAAACACCAUGAAUGGUGAGGGCAUACUGCAGUUAAUCUAUGAAUGAGUGGGCCGUUUAUGGCUAGGCUCAUGAGAGAAAUACCCACAGCACUCCCUCACUGUGUAUUCACUGUGUAUUCUGCAUGUUUAAAACUUUAUUUAACAGCUGCAUUCGGAGAAUUAAUUAACUCAAUGUUUGCACCUGCUUAACAACGCAGCAUAAUUUGGAACAGCAUCAUUGGAUUUGAAUGAAUACUGAAACGCGAAUUCAAUGACAAAAAAUUUCGACUAGAAAUCUUUUUCAAGAUAAGAAAACAUUGAAGACAUUGAGACGCCUGUUGUAUAUAUGUGUGCUGUCAGUCUCUAUUUCUCUGCCAUUUGACAAUUUGAAAUCUAUAUGUUAUAUUUCAUUGUUAUUUUUUGGAAUAAGUAGUUAUGUGUCUGGAGAGAAAUAUUACAAUGCUAUCAAAAUAACUUCCAGGAACUCUGCUUUAUGUCAUUAAAAGCUUUUUCAAAUUAAUUUAGUAAUCUGCUAAUCAAACAUGUUUUUAAUAAUAAAUAACAACAA